AUGUCCUUCGUCGGUCGCACGUGUGCCGGCCUUGGUCGGUCAUUUGCCUCUGCCCGUGCCGCCACCACGACCGCCGCUGCCAUCGGUACCCUCCCUCGGCAUGUUACCCGGUCGCUGGCCACCUUGGCUCCCCGCCCCCUAGCCCCGGGCGUCACGUUCCCCGGGGCCACCCGCCCCAUGGCGCGGCUGGCCUCCCCGCACGGCAUGGCCCACUUCUCCACCAGCUCCGGCCCCGUCCAGGCUCAGGCAACUGGAGCCCCUGCCAUCACCACCGAGCCAACUGCUGUGUCCGUUCGCUUCGCCGAUGGCAGCACCUCCUCCUUCCAUCACAUCUGGCUCCGGGAUCACUGCCUGUGCCCCGCGUGUCUCCACCCGGAAACCCUCCAGCGUACGGUGGACACCUUUUCCCUGGCGCCCGAGCAGCUGCAGGCUGCCUCCAUUCGGCUGGUGCCCCCGACCGGUGAUGCUCCCGCCCAGAUGGAGAUCACUUGGGCCGGUUCCGACGCGCACGUGUCCCUCUUUCCGCUGGCCUGGCUACAGACGCACGCAUACGACCAGCGUGCGACCAACUACCAGCGCGACCUGAUCACCGACAAGUGCGUGCAUCACCGUCCGGCCCCGUGCCUCUUCUGA